AUGCUUGGACUGGUAUUGUAUAUACGGAUUCCGGAUCACGGUGAACAUACUGUUGCGCUGGCUCCGUUAUUGUUAAAACUUCCAGCGCAAUUAUUGGCGCCGCAGCUCUGGUUUGGACAUGUAUACCCAGGCGUAUUAACAGACGGGAUACAGGCGCACCCAGAGAAAUUGGUGGAUUUGCAGGUCGGGUUCCCCGUACCAGCCGGUGCCACAGUUCCAGAGCAACCAUUGGCUUCGCAUGACGGAGGUGUGCUGGAACAGACUACUUGGAAAGCCGUAGUGGUCGUAGAGCUGGUUGUUAUUCUAGUAGUGGUGGUAGUGGUUGUCGAGCUUGUGGUUGCUCUCGUAGUCGAUAAAGUUGUCGACACUGUUGUAGUCGACAAUGUCGAAGUUGAUGCCGUCGAACUGCGAGUCGUCGUCCUAUAA